AUGAUUGUUAAAUCUAUAGUAAUAUGUUUAUUAAUCCAAGUGGUAGUAGUAUCUGCCACUAUAAUUAACACCACAGAUGCCAACAAAAUAUGUUACGUAAUGUUACGAUCCCGAUUAUAUAAAGAGUCAAAUAAUAUUCACCAUCGAGUAAUCACCACAAAUACCGGUGAGGUGGUUAAAGCACUCACCAUAUAUGACAUGGAUACUGAUAUUCCGAUGGUGACAGUAGUGGGGAAUGAUUUGGAUAAAAUAAUAAGUGAUAUGUCAGGGUUAGAUAGUGAUGGGAAUAAUAGGACAUUUAAUCCAACUAUAGACUAUUGUGAAUAUAGUAGAAAAAUGAAGUUAAGACAACAAUCGGAUCUCGAUGAACAGGGACAGCUUAUAAUUGAAAACUAUAAUAGGAUUCAUAGACAUACAUAA